AUGUCUUUCGAUGGGAAUCCAUUAGACUACCCUAGCUUUAUAACAAAUUUCAAGACUAAUGUGGAAGACGUCGAAAGCGAUCCCAACGUUAGACGCACUUAUUUGACCCAACUCCGUACGGGAAAAGCAAAGGAAGCCAUCAGUGGAUCUGUGAAGUUACCGCCGGAAGAGGGGUACAAAAAGGCAAAGUCUAUUUUGCAUGAAAUGUCUGGGCAGGCUCAUAUUGUGGCUGCUUCUCACAUUGAUCGAGUGACGAAAGGUUCUAUAAUUACAGAAAACCAGAAUGAAAAGCUUAUGCAAUUAGCCCGAGACAUGGAAAAGUGUGGAAUGAAUUUUGAACAAAUUGAGUUACCAAUCAGAUAUAAACUCAAGACACAACAUCAGCGCGAUUGUUUUACGGCUGCCAAAAUACCUCCGUUCAGAAUGGGCCAAAGAAGCGAAUAAGCUUAGAGAUCAGAGCAGUGAACCAGAUUUCGCAGCACUCACAGAGUUUGUUGUAAGCAAAGCUAAGUUGGCAAAUACCGAGUGUGGUCGGCUUGUUAAUGUUAAAAUGGACUGGGAAAGGGACAAAACCAAGUCUUAUGGUAAACCACAGAGGAACGUCUCAGCUUAUCAAGUGUGGAAUAUUUCGUCAAACGAAGAACAAGAUGGUAAACGAAACAUAACAAUGAAGUUAAAAUGCAUUUUCUGUAGUAAGGAAGGCCAUUCCCUAGGCAGAUGUUAUAUGUUCCAAGAAAAAUCGUACGCUGAAAGAAAGAAAUUUGUCUCGGAAAAGGGAUUGUGCAAUCUCUGUCUGGCAAAGGGACAUUUUGCUAGCAAGUGCCAGAAAGGCCGUAAGUGUUUCAUUGCGAGAUGCGGUAGACGACAUCAUCCCUUCACCGGCCAAGCCCAAAGGUCUAAAUGCACAAAAUGGUCACUGUGGUACAGCUGACAUAGCAAAACGGCAAGUAUGUUUGAGAGUUAUUCCCGUGAAAGUAUCUAGCAGAGACAAUUCGCGAGAAAAAAUCACCUAUGCCAUACGGCACGAAGGUUCCAACACAACAUUGGUUAAAGAGAGUUUGGUGAAUGAGCUUGGAUUGGAAGGUCGACCUCUUGAUUUUAAACUAACGACCAUGAACAAGUUUUCUCAAGAGUCGGGGAAGUCGCAUUUUCUCUAUGUGCAAGGUCUUGGCCAAAAGGAUUGCUUAGAAAUUCCUAACGCCCUAUCAAUCAAGUAUUUCUCUGUAGCGAGAAGUUGCAUUCCAACCAAAGGAGAUAUUAGCAAAUGGAGUCAUCUGAAUGACGUACAUAUUCCCGAAUUGAAAAAUCCAGAGGUGACUCUUUUUAUUGGCCUGACGUACCAGAAGCUCAUUGGAAGAUGGAAGAACGACGCGGACGUAAAAAGGAGCCUUAUGCUAUACGAACACCGCUUGGGUUGUCAGUUGCAGGUCCCAUGGCAACAACGUCGGAAAGUGAAUUCAGUGCGUUCUUUGUUCGUGAAGAGGAUGAAUUCCUCGGCCGAACGGUAGAGAAGAUGUUUGAGAUGGAUUUCAGUGAAAGUACGUAUGGGCAGAGCCUCGUCAUGUCUUCAGAAGACAAGAAACCACUGUCAAUAAUGGAAGAAUCUCUCAUAGUUGUGGAUAGUCAUUAUCAGCUCGAUUUAUCCUUUCGUGACAAGCUGGGCUUUCCCAACAACAGAGGUUUAGCCGAAAGAAGAUUAAAUUCGCUUAAGGCACGUCCAAAGAAAGAUUCAGAUCUUCACGAAAAUAUUAGAAGGGAAUCAACAACAACGUCGACAAGGGCUAUGCUUCCAAGAUCCACGAAAGUGAAGGUAAAAAUAUUCAAGCGGAAGAAAGAAACGUUCGGUACCUCUCACAUCAUCCGGUCCUUCAUUCCCAGAAACAGCAGAAACCAAGGAUUGUGUUUGACUGUGCCGUUAAAUAUGAAGAUAUGUUACUGAAUGACCGGCUACUACAAGGUCCGGACCUGACAAACAAACUCAUCGGAGUUCUGUCUAGAUUUCUUCAAGAUCCAACUGCCUUUACAGCAGACAUAGAGGCGAUGUUUUGCCAAGUUAAGGUGUCCCCGAUACACCGUGAUUUUCUCAAGUUCCUGUGGUGGAAAGAUGGAGAUUACAACCAACCGGUGGAAGUGUACCGUAUGCAGUUCACCCAUUCUUUUUUGCUUGCGGGGGCCAUUCUUUUUUGCUUGGGUUUUGUUUGCGUAAGACAGCCGAUGAAUUUGAAAGCGAAUUUGAUCCAGAAACGAUCGAAGCAAUACGUCGAAACUUCUAUGUUGACGAUUGCCUUAAGUCGGUUUCAGAUACACAGAAGGAAAUUCGUUUGAUUCAGCAGCUCCGUGAUAUCCUGGUGAGACGUUCUUUCCAGUUAACGAAGUUUGUGAGCAACGACGUAGCGGUUAUGGCGUCAGUACCCGAAAGCGAACGUGCCGAGUCUGUUGUCAACCUCGACCUCGACGAACUCCCGGUCGAAAUAGCUCUUGGGGUACAAUGGAAUGUACAGGGAGAUGUCUUCAGUUUUCGUAUCGUCAGCAGGAAAAGGCUCCUACCCGUAGAGGAAUCCUGUCAGAUGUCAGCUCGAUGUAUGACCCCCUAGGGUUUGCAUCGCCUUUCAUUCUACCCGCCAAACGCUUUUUGCAACGUUUGUGUAAAGACAAAGUUGGAUGGGACGAAGAGAUAUUCCCGAAUAUGUUGAAGACAUGGGAACGUUGGCUAGCUGACUUGCCUCAUUUGCAACGAAUAUCGGUUCCAAAAUAUUUCAAACUUACCAGCUGGACGAAGUCAAGAAUACACAAUUGCAUCAUUUCUCAGACGCAUCUACGGAAGGAUAUGGUGCCGUGUCCUACCUUCGUUUCGUUGAUGUGAAUGACAAGAUCCAUUGCUCAUUGGUGAUGGGAAAGUCCAGAGUAGCCCCAAUGAAGCCGACGACAAUACCAAGAUUGGAGUUAACUGCAGCGACAGUAGCCGUAAAGCAACAUUGCCUAAUUCGAGAAGAGCUCGACUUGCAAAUCGAUGCAACUAUAUUUUGGACAGAUUCUACCUGUGUUCUACAGUACAUAAACAAUGAAUCUUGUCGGUUCAAGACUUUCGUCGCCGACCGAAUAGCCGCCAUCCACGACAAUUCAAGCCCAUCGCAGUGAAGAUUUGUAAACACUGAAGUAAAUCCUGCAGAUUACGCUUCCCGAGGUUUGCGUCCCACCAACCAACACGAGAUAGAACAGUGGAUCAACGGACCGAAUUUCCUCCAUAAGACCGAAGAUACGUGGCCGAAUCGUCCCGAAGGAAUAAAUGUCCUACCUGAUGACAAACUCGAAUGGAAACGAGAGGUGAAAUCUACGAGACACAAACAGAAGCAAUUAAGCCCCUCGACACAUUUAUUCAACAUUACUCUGGCUGGUAUCGUCUUCAAAAGGGAAUCGUGUGGCUAAAUCGUUUUAUAAAGUAUCUUCGCGUUCGUAAUUCUAACGGUGCUUCUUAUAAGGAUGAUGAAACGCAAGCCUACAUAAGUACUCGUUCCCGUGACGAAGUCGCUGGGGCCGGCGUAGGGCCUUUGACGGUCGAUGAUUUACAAAAUGCGAGGAAACAACUUAUUCGUUACGUACAACAGGAAGCCUUUCCCGAUGAAAUUACCCGUCUUAAACGCAGAUCGAGCGGUCAUCUACCUCGAAAAUCGUUGUGA